CGAAGGCGAAGCAAUUGAGAACGCACACGUUAACAAUCAACGUAGGAUUCGCUAAUGAAUCGUUUUGUUGAAACUUGUCACUCCUCUUAGCAAGCUGGAAAGAGUUCCUUUAAUUAAAAAUGGAAACGAGAUCUACCGAACCAGCACAUGAAAGGUCUGAUAUAGCCGAAGUUUACAGGAAUAAACACACGGGACGCAAGUUCAAAAAUCCACGAACUGCCCAUCGCAGCAUUUUCUCUACUUGCAUGGCAAGAUGUGAUUCUCAAGAACCUUUCUCUGGCCUCAAAAUAUCCAGCACCACAUUCCUUGAUGAGAUAGAGAGAAGAGGCAACUGUGAAAAUUGUGGCAAAUCAAGAAAAUUUUUUUGUUACACAUGCCACAUACCGCUGCCAGAAAUUAAAGAAUUAAUUCCCCAUAUAACAAGCUUACCAUGCCAUAUAGACAUUAUCAAGCACCCAAAUGAGCAUGAUGGGAAAAGCACAAGUAUUCAUGCUGCUGUUGUUGCUCCAGAAAUGGUGAAAAUUUAUACCUUCCCCAAUUUCCCAGAUUACAGUUUAGAAGAUGGGGUGGUGCUGGUUUAUCCUUGUGAAGGAGCCGUCCCUAUGACAACCAUGGGGGCUAGCAGAGCGACUGAAAUAAAAAAAAUGGUUUUUAUUGAUUCAACAUGGACGCAAUCCAAACAAAUUUACAAGGAUCCCCGUUUAAAAGCCCUGCCGUGUGUCAUUUUACGGACGCGGAAGUCACUUUUCUGGCGCUAUCAGCUAGGCAAACCUGACAGUUAUUUGGCUACUAUUGAAGCUAUCUACGAUGCUGUCGUGAGCCUUGAGGAACGCAGACGCGGAAACGAAGAAACCAACAGCUAUGAUGGGAGCUACGACAAUCUGCUCUUUUUCUUUCGCUACUUCUAUGAGAAAAUGAAUGAUUUGUACUUUAACAAAUCACCAACCGCCUGACACGUGGAACCUAAAUGGGGUCCCCACCUUAUCAAUCCAUUACAUAGUCCAAAUUCAAAGUCUGUCUACAUCAAACGUUUUGCUAUUCUUCGUCAAGCGGAAAUAUCCUGAUAAGGCACAUGGUUCGUGUAUUUGUGGCAUUUCGGUGAUAAACAAUGACUUGAUAUAUUACAAUCCUUCAAUUCUGUCUCUUAGUCGACCGAUUGUAGGCGAUUCGUGUCGGCGCGUGGUGACUACGUGGGUUACCCGUGGACGAAUCAACUAAACGAAAACAGCCAAUCCCGCACCCAGGAAACAAAUCUCUUAAGCUGAUGCAAUAUGCCCUACAACCCGACAAGACCAAACGUGGAAGAAGCAAGCACGAUUGCACUUUGGUCCCUUGGCUCCUCUCAUAUAUCAAAGAGCAAUGUCUAACAGAGAUCUACUUAGGCCACAAGCUAUUUGAUCAGACUUUUUUUUUAUCAACAACGGCACAUCUAUCAUCAAUGCGGUGGCACGUGACCGCUCUCGCCGCCGUCUGGCUCAUCGUUAUGGGUUGGUGCGGUAGCGUUGUGAUGGGCCAGCCGGUCGGCGGAUUUCAGCAUCAGGCGCAUCAUCCUCAAGUAGGACAAAGCAUUCCCGAAAUGUGGGCUUUGUUGGAUCCAGCAGAUGGAUCAGCCGAUACGUAUAAGGAUGGAAACAACCUACAUGGAGACCUCUAUUAUUUUCCCGCAAUUCCCAUCAUGAAGAGACAGCAGAAUUUAGAAGACGAUUCCGGCUGGCAAUCUCAGGAUCGUUCGAAACGCCAGAGCCACUCCAAUAGCGGCUCAUCUAGCAACCACCACUCGCAGUUGUCCAUCAUUAGUCCGAUCGAAGCUCUACGUAGCCGGCUGAGAUUGGAGAUGCUUCGUCGCCAAUGGGGUAACCAAAUUAAACAGAACCAGGACAAGCUUGAAAGGGUCGGCAAACGCCGCAAGAGAAGCGAUCUAGUCGACUCCGCUGACGGAUCGGAUGAGAAAAGGAUGAGCCAGCUAGCAGUAGCAUCAGCAGCGAUCAAAGCACCAUAACAACUCUGGGCCACGACGGGCCAAGGGCUAACACAAACACACACCACGAGAUUUAGUACCUAGGAGAUACACGGCAGGACUGAUUGCAAAGACGGAAUAUAGAGGGGAACGCGACAAAACUUUUAAUGUAUACAAGGAUCAAGGAAUGAGGUUCAAAUCGACGAGGAUAAUUAUGUAAUUUUCCCCAACUACCAUCUCUCCUACACCUUGAAAUUUGUUCUUCUGUUUAACUAUGUAAUUGCACGGUUCCCCGUCUCCAAAAAAAACAAAAAAAAGGAAGAAACCAACAUCUGUUUGACUCACAGACCCCCUUUAUUUUCCCUAUAUAUAUAUAUAUAUUGAACGACAAACUGAUUGAAUAUGCGCGCCCAUUUGUGAGCAGAAAAUUUUAAAGACGACAAAAAAAUGGAACCCAUCGACAGAUUAUUACUUAUACAAUGUUGUAAGCCUCCGUCAUUGUUGCUAACAUAAGAAUACGAUAUAUGUUAUUCCUCUUUGUGCUGAAUCAGUAUUUCACCUACACCGUAAUUAAAUGCUUUUCCUUUCGGUGUUUCUUUAUCCGAUAGUACAUGUUUAAAAUUCA